AUGGGCCGCAGUGGUCCCAUCGGAAAGAAAGUAAUCGACUCGGCCCUUUUCGCACGCUCAUCAUUUCUGUCGCAGUCACUUUGUAGGACUGGCCACGCUUCGGAUCCCGGACCAAAGGCAUUACCGACAUCUCCACCCGCUGUACCUACCCAGUCAAUGGCUGUGGAUGGAACUCGGAGUGAUGAGGGUGACACGAGAGAGGUUUUACAAUCCCCAUCGGCCGCAUUGAGAACGCUGAUCUCUCAUCACUCCCCGAGUACCGCUGAAAUGCUAAAAAGGCCUGUGUUGGCGUUCGUUGUUGAGCAUCACGAUCUUAAA